AUGUGUGAGAAGGACACAGCUAAAGAGAUGGUGGAACUGCAGGAAAACCCUGGUGACCGAGAGAUCCUUAAAGAUUAUAAUUCUCAGGGCGGGGCUAAGGAGCAGGGCUGUGGGCAGAUCUAUGUGAAACCAGGGAGCCAGACCCACUCCAGAGACCACAUCAGACCUGGACCAGACCCCAGAGCCCAGACUGAGCCAGGACUGGACCCUAGAGACCAGAAGCCAAAAGAUACACAGGAGGAAGACAGCCAGCAGGACGUCAUGAGGGGCUGCUGCUCCCUGUGUGAGGCGCUCAAGGACAGGUGUCCCCGACCACGAGGCCUGCUCAACCGGGUCAUCACCAGAGCCUGCCUCCUCGCCCUGCUCUUUGGUGUGAUCUGGUCCAUCACCGGCUCGGAGUGCCUUCCCGGCGGAAACCUCUUUGGGCUGGUUCUGCUCUUCAUCUGUGCUGUUCUGGGAGGAAAACUCAUGGGCAUGGUCCAGUUCCCCACCCUGCCCCCCUUCCCGCCUCUGCUCGGAAUGCUUUUGGCCGGUCUGCUUCUGAGGAACGUCCCGUACAUCUGUGACGCGAUCCACAUCGAUCCUCACUGGUCCUCAGCUCUGAGGAACAUCGCUCUGGCCAUAAUCCUGACCAGAGCUGGACUCGGACUCAACCCUCAGGCCCUGUUGCGUCUGAAGGCGGUGUGUAUCCGUUUGGCAGUUGGCCCCUGUCUGGUGGAAGCCUCUAUCGUCGCCAUCGUCUCUCACUUCCUCUUGAACCUGCCCUGGGUCUGGGGCUUCAUCCUCGGGUUUGUCUUGGCCGCGGUGUCGCCGGCGGUGGUGGUGCCGUCCAUGUUACUGCUGCAGAGGGAGGGUUACGGAGUGGACAAGGGCAUCCCCACGCUCCUGAUGGCUGCUGGGAGUUUUGACGACAUUCUGGCCAUCACAGGGUUCUCCACCUGCCUCGGCAUCGCCUUCUCCACAGGCUCCACGUGGAUGAAUGUGCUGAAGGGUCUUCUGGAGGUGGUGGGAGGGGUCCUGGCUGGCCUCCUGGUCGGGCUGUUCCUCUGCCUGUUUCCCAGCUCUGAGCAGGAGGACUUGACUGGGACCCGGUCUCUGCUGCUGCUCGGACUCUCGGUCUUCUCCGUGUUCCUCUCACACGUGGUGGGGUUUGCUGGAGCCGGAGGUCUCUGUGUCCUGGUUCUGUCCUUUGUGGCUGCACUGGGCUGGAGGGUAAACAAAGCUCCCGUAGCAGCAGUCGUGGGUCACUCCUGGGAUGUUUUUCAGCCGCUUCUGUUUGGUUUGAUUGGAGCUGAGAUCACCAUCACUGCCCUGAACCCCAGCACCGUGGGUCUGGGCGUGGCCUGCCUCUUCAUCGGCCUCUUCGUCCGUGUCGUCGUCACGUUUCUCCUCGUUCACUUUGGAGGAUUCAACCUGAAGGAAAAGUUCUUCAUCGCUGUGGCCUGGCUCCCCAAAGCCACAGUGCAGGCUGCGAUCGGCUCGAAGGCCCUGGACAUGGCGCGGGAGCAGGCGGACGAGGUUCUGGUGAAGUACGGUCUGGAUGUGCUGACGUUAGCCGUGUUGGCGAUCCUCAUCACGGCCCCCAUCGGCGCCUUGGGGAUCGGCCUGUCGGGACCACGCCUCCUCCAGCCACAGACCAAAGUUUCAGAAGACCCAGAGAUCCCAGGCUCAUCCCCAGACUCCAACUGCCUCUCGGAGAAGGACUGUGCCACCAUCGAGAGCAGGCUAUGA